AGAUUUUUGUUUUGGAACGUUACAAAAUUGCUUCAUAAUGGCUAACCCUAAUCCGGAGAUCAAGUACAGACAGAUCUUCAUCAACAACGAAUUUGUUGAUGCUGUGAAUGGUAAAGUGUUCCCCACGGUCAAUCCGUCAACGGGUACGAAGAUUGUGGACAUUGCCGAGGGAGAUAAGGCCGAUGUUGACUUGGCCGUAAAGGCGGCAAAGGCCGCUUUCCAGCGAAGCUCCGCAUGGCGACAGAUGGAUGCCUCGGCCCGCGGAAAGCUGAUCUACAAGUUGGCUGAUCUGAUGGAGCGUGAUAAACUCCAAUUAGCCAGUCUGGAAUCGUUGGACAAUGGCAAACCGUUCAUCAGCGCCGUAUAUGAUGUGUAUGGGUCGGUGAACUGCCUGAGAUAUAAUGCCGGCUGGGCAGAUAAGGUGAGCGGUGAGACAGUGCCGUCGGAUGGACCACAUCUAACGUACACCCGGAAGGAACCAAUCGGAGUAGUUGGACAGAUCAUUCCGUGGAAUUACCCUCUGCUGAUGUUGGCUUGGAAGUGGGGACCAGCCCUGGCGGCUGGAUGCACGAUCGUAAUGAAACCGGCCGAGCAGACUCCUCUCACCGCCCUGUACAUGUGUUCGCUGGUUAAGGAAGCUGGUUUUCCUGCCGGUGUGAUUAAUGUAGUUCCCGGUUACGGACCAACGGCAGGCCAUGCAAUCACCAUGCAUCCGGAAAUUCGUAAGGUGGCCUUCACUGGAUCGGUUGAAGUGGGCAAAAUAGUGAUGAGCGGUGCUGCGACUAAUCUGAAGAAGGUUUCGCUGGAACUGGGUGGCAAAAGCCCGCUGGUGAUUUGCGACGAUGUCGAUGUGAACGAAGCCGCCCAGAUUGCCUAUUCCGGCGUGUUUGAAAACAUGGGCCAGUGCUGUAUUGCGGCCACCCGUACCUUCGUCCAGGAGGGAAUCUACGAUGCAUUCGUGCAGAAAGCAACCGAGCUGGCCAAGGGACGCAAGGUGGGAAAUCCAUUCAGCCAGGGAAUUCAGCAUGGACCUCAGAUCGACGACACUCAGUUCAAGAAGAUUUUGGGAUACAUCGACAAGGGCAAGCAGGAAGGAGCCAAGCUGGAAACCGGAGGCGUUCAGUCCGGUGAGGAAGGAUACUUUAUCGAACCGACCGUGUUCUCGAACGUCACCGAUGCGAUGACCAUCGCCAGGGAGGAAAUCUUUGGCCCGGUGCAGUGCAUCAUCAAGUUCAAGACGCUGGACGAAGCUAUCGAACGAGCGAACGCUACCAGCUUCGGUCUGGCGGCCGGAAUAGUGACCAAGGACCUGAACAACGCCCUUAUCUUCAGCAACGCGGUGGAAGCCGGCUCGGUGUGGGUCAACACGUACCUGGCCGUAUCGAACCAAGCCCCAUUCGGUGGCUACAAGCAAUCCGGCAUUGGACGUGAAAUGGGCAAAGAAGGCGUCGAAGAGUACCUGGAAACGAAGACCGUCUCCAUCAAGCUGCCAUCGAAAGUCUAAACCCUUCUACCAAUGUAGGCGGUGAAUUAUCUGUGUGUUGUUAUCGCAAUACGGUUACUUCUUUUUUUUUUGUAAUGCAAAAGAGUCAUAACAACAGGUCAUCGUGAUCAAACAAGCGAUAGAUUUCAAUUGUAUACAGGCGUGAAUAAAAAUAAUCUCGAGC